AUGGCAGCGGUAGACGUGGAUGUCGUAGAGAGUGCUUUGAGAGAUGAGAAUUUAUCUAGUGGUAGAGAAACUGUUUUAAAACCAGAGCAAGAAUCAGCAGUAAGGGCUCUUUUAGCCGACAGAGAUGUUCUGGCGGUUUUGCGGACCGGAUACGGCAAGAGUUUAAUUUACCAAAGGUUUGUACGCGAGAAGAACUACGAGCUAAAUGGUAAUGCGGCGAUUCUCGUCAUUUCGCCACAGAAAAGUAUUAUCGAAGACCAGUUGCAGGAGAUGGAAUUGUUGGGCUACCCAGCGAAAGAUUUAGCCAAUUUAUCGAACGAUGACAUUCGCCGAUGUAACUUAGCAAUAAAAGAGGGUGGUUUUACCUCAUGCCAAAAUGCUACUUAUUCCAAUAAAAUUGUUUUUAUCUGCUGGGUAGAUGCUCCGGAAGGUUCUGCAUUUAUACUGAGCAAAUGUUAUUUUAGCCGCAUGUCUCACACUGAGAGGUCAUGA